CCUCCCGCUCCCGCUGUACCUCAUGCCCUAUGGUGCAUCCCGAUCUGACAACGCACGCAUCCUUAAACACUUAUAAAGGUGCAGAAUGAGAACAAACAAAAUAAUGCGAAACACAAAUCUCGGCGAUGCAAAAGAAGAUUUAUGAUGACGACGAAAAUGGAUGAAAUGAGAAUAGAAUUGACCUGAUCGUGACUUAAAAGUGAAGUGGAAAAGUGGACUGUGAUGUGGUUGUGUUAGGACUUUGAAUAUGCCUGAUCGGGAGUCAGUGGGAGGUCCCGGGAACUCUGGAAGCGGUUUCCUACCACUACAGUUUCCCUCGGCGUUUGCUGCCUUCCAUGCCACGACCCCACCAGGGACCCCGUCCGCAGCUAUGCAUCACGCUACGCAUUAUCAUCAUCAUGCUCAGUUAGCUGCAGCAGCGGCAGCGGCGGCAGGAGCCACUAGCGAGCUGAGCUACCUUGCUGCGCUCCACCCCGCCUACCGCCCAGUGCCCUAUGACCAUCCCCUGUACGGUGCUAACACCUUAAGAGGCUUGGAGUACUUAAGUGCAGCAAGGAGCUUACACCCAGAGCUUCAUGCCGGAAGCACGCUCGCGAGCCAAGACUUUCAACUUAGUUUAGAUGGUUCUAGAAUAGCGUCUCCAACGAGAUUAAGGUUAUCGGGCGGUGCAAUCGGCGCUUCUGCGAAUCGAAAACGGGCAGUUUCGUGGAGUCCGUAUUCUGCGGAAUCUCUGGACUUAGCUGCUGUGAUCAGGGCGUCUCCAGCUAGUUUGGCAGUCAGAGCGCCGUCUGCCGCUUCCACAGGAAGCUAUGGACAUCUUAGUGCAGGAGCGAUAUCUCCAGCCCUUUCCCUCUCUCAUGCUUCGUUGGCCCAACAAUUGCUGGCUAGAGGAGGAGUGGUGGGAAGCAGUGGAGUACUGGCCGGAGGUGUACUGCUAGAUCCUGCGCAUCAACAGGCGGCCGCAGCUGCUGCUCAUCAUGCCGCUCAUGCCCAUCUGGUAGCUGGCAUUCAUAGAUCUCACAUAUCGUCACCGACACAAUUGCUCAUGGGCCCUGUGGAUGUCAGACAGGGCUUGGGACUAGAUGGCACUCCUCCUCAGCACCUCCAGCAGCCUUCACAGCAACCUGAAAUCACUAGUGUUAUGGAAGCUGAUAGUGCUACAGGGCUAAUGCAGCGCAAGUCGCCUCAGGGUAUUCUCACGCACCGAGAUAACGUGAGCAACAAGCCGCUCUCGGCCGCCGCGGAGAGCACAGUCCACGACGGCCUCGACUCCAAAGACGAGCCAGGAGAUUUUAUCGAAACCAACUGUCAUUGGGUGGACUGCAAGCUUGAAUUUCCCACUCAAGAUGAUUUGGUGAAGCAUAUUAAUACGGACCACAUACACGCCAGCAAGAAGGCGUUCGUCUGCCGCUGGGUCGGCUGUUCCAGAGACGAAAAGCCUUUCAAAGCCCAAUACAUGCUUGUCGUUCACAUGAGGAGGCACACUGGAGAGAAACCUCAUAAGUGCACUUUCGAAGGGUGCUGCAAAGCGUACUCCAGGCUGGAAAACCUGAAGACCCACCUCCGGUCGCACACUGGAGAGAAACCGUACACCUGCGAGUAUCCGGGGUGCGCUAAAGCUUUCUCCAACGCGAGCGACAGAGCUAAACAUCAAAACAGAACGCACAGCAAUGAGAAACCGUACGUCUGUAAAGCGCCGGGUUGCACCAAGAGGUACACCGACCCCUCCUCGCUCCGGAAACACGUGAAAACCGUUCACGGAGCCGAGUUCUACGCAAGUAAGAAACAUAAGGGUUGCACGAGAGGUGACGACUCCGCGGAGUCUGGCGGUGGUGGCGCAGGGUCGUCUCCUCGUUCGGAGGAAGGCGGAGUACCACCCGCGAUCCGGGGUCACACAUCAUCGGCGUCCGUCAAGAGCGAGAGUCCCGCGUCGCCUAUACCGCACGGCUUGCACACUUCCGCCCACCAGGUCCAUUACGAUUCCGUCACAGAUUAUUAUAAGUUGUCUGCGCAAUGCGGUGGGGAGCUGGACUUCGGCGGUGGUCUGGGAGGAUACCGGGAUGAAAACGGCCUGCCGUACUUCAGAUUAGACGGAGAGAUCGAGCAGGAAGUGGUCGGUGAAGUGGGACAGUUGCCGCUGAUGCUGCGAGCUAUGGUCGCUAUCGGCGAGCCCCGCGCCGCCCCGCACGCCCCCCGCCUCGGGAACAAGAUGGCGCUUGCGAGGAUGCCACCGCCACACGCCGACCUCGGAGGAGGCGGAGUCACGGGGAGGACAGAGCUGGGCGGCACCAACGUUGGGGUGGAAUUGAAGACCGGGGCCUCUAACACGAGGCGCGAUUCUGGAAUUUCAAGCGGCAGCAGCCUCUACAGCGCCAGGUCUUCGGAUAUAUCGCGUAAAAGCAGUCAAGCAUCAGUUGUGUCGGGAGCAGUGGUAGGAGGACUCGGGGCGCAACGUCUAGUCGCCCACCACACCGCGGCGUACGACCAGCUCUCUCCCGACAGCAGUCGAAGAUCUAGUCAAGUUUCGUGUGCGGGAUACGCGCCGCCGCCCUCAUCAGCCCUGGCCGCUGUGCAGGCCGUCAGGACAUCGCAAGGGAAUCAGGCCAUCCUACUCCGGGGAGUCACAUGUUCUGAAGUCAGGGCAGAGGAACUAGCGUUGGAGUUGGAUCCGAACGUUCAAGUGAAAGAAGAGGCGAGAAGACUCUCGGAGCAGUCGAACUUAAGUGACCAGACCCAAGGCUACCAGCCGUACCCUUGCGGAACCGACGGUUUGGGCGACGCUCCGUUCCCGUUCAAAACUGAAUGCGACCAGGAAACUGUGACGUAUAAGGAGUCACGGUCCAAUUCCACCAGCACCGUGGUGGUCACCACGGCACAGAUCCACCACCCCAACCAGGAAGUCAACUUGGAACAGGUGGCUGAAGGCGAAAUGGUGGAGAACAAGCUGGUGAUACCCGACGAAAUGAUGCAAUAUCUUAACCAAUCAAUAUUGGCAACCGAAGCGGAAACAUCAGCUAAAACGGACUCCGCGAAUCGACCUAACACAGAACCGAGUCUAGAUAAGGACAGUGCUACCAAAGACAAUACCACAAACGAACAACAAAACACUAAUAAUUCCAGUGAUAAAAUCAGUGACGUAGCGACCAGUGACGAUUCUCUACUUAAAAAUCUAGGUGCCAUAGGAAGUGAUCUCAAUAUAAGUGAUAUUCAAGUCGAUUUAAGGUCGUUAGACGUUAGUAUGUCGGGCAACAGCGGCUCUCUUCUGGCUGUCAAAACACCCGAAGAUAAAACUCCUCUACAAGAACAAGUCACCCCGGAAGUCAAAGCAGAGAACAAAGAAAGGGAAACGAAGAAAUCGGAUCCGAAUCCUUUGCAAUCACUGCAAACGAUGACAGCCAACCAGACUGAACAAUCCAAUAAAAUUAGGGCUAAUGCUCAGAAACAGAAUAAGACGAAUACUAAGACUAUAAUGAGUCAAAAUAUUUUGAGUCCGCAGAACCUGCCUCACAGCAUGUUGAGUCCACAAAGCCUCCCGCACAGUGCAAUGAGUCCACAAAGCGUUAUGAGUCCGCACAAUAUCCCACAAAAUAUUAUGUCCCCUCCCAGUGCUUAUAACGUGAUGAGCCCCCAAAGUGCGAUGAGUGUAAUGUCCCCGCAGCAUAAUGCCAUGAGCCCACAAAGCAUGCAAAGUCUCAUGAGUCCACAGAUACCCAACCAAAUAAUGUUGAGCCCUCGUCACAAUAACGUCAGUAGCCCCAUGUCACAGAAUAUGGCUAGUCCCAUGAUGAACAUGGCUAGUCCGAUGGGACAGACCAUAGCCAGUCCCAUGAGCCACGGUAUGCCCAGCCCCAUGCAUCCAGGAAUGCAAAGCCCAAUGGGACAGGGCAUGGCAAGUCCAAUGAUACAAAACAUGCCGGUGGCUAUGAACGGACCUGUGAACCCCAAUCUCCAAAAUCAAAUGAUCAACGUUAAUCAACAACAAAUGGCUCUCAGCUAUCGGCCCAACUGUCACAGAAUGCCGGCCCGGCCAAAUAUGCCGAUGCCGAACCAGUAUACGCAAAAUUACAACAACAACCAACCACCACAAUAUCCAAUGCAAAACCAAAAUGUUAACGUGCACCAUCAAAACGUGCAAAAUUAUCAAAUCAUGCAAUCUUACAACCAGAACCAAGCACCGACGGUCAAUCAAAUGGUUCAAAAUCAGAACGUUCAUUAUCCGAACCAGCCUAUGAUCAACUACCAACAGAUGAACUUCAACCAGAACAACCGUGCUCACCCGAUGCAGUCGUCUAGAUCGUCCAUGAUGAGCGUCGACAACAGCGGCAACAUGACCCGGGGUGUCAUGACCAGUUACUGCGACACGCAACACCAGUGCCCGCCCGCACAGACCAAUCAUUACAACCAGAAUGUACAGUACCCUCAGCCGCCUCCAUACAAUGCCGUCGUCAAUAACAACGUGAUGGGACCUCCACCACCGAAGAACAAUCACCAAUACAACCAAGCUAUGAUGAACAAUAACCAAUAUUACAAUCACCAGAGGCCUUACAACCAAUGGGACUAUCCAGGCAAUCAGUUCAACAAACACAAUCCACAGAAGUCCACACCGAAUUCCGUGAACAUGUCGACGGGAAGCCAGAAACAAGUCAAGUGCAACCGGCUGACGAACUGCAACCAAAUCAAGAACGACCAGGCCGAUUGCAGCAUGAACAGCCUGAGGAGCCAAAACAACCAGCCCAGCGAAGUCCAAGUCUGGGACAUAUCUCAGUCGCAAAUCGAAGCGAACAACGGAAGACGGAAGACCCAAAACAAUUCAAUGAGACAGGAAACUUAUCAGAGAACGCUGGAGUACGUCGAGAACUGUGAAAACUGGAAGAGUUCUGAAAUGGUGUCGAGCACCACGCAUCCCCUGCAAGGCGAUAAUAUGGUUGUGAAUGACCUCCAGACGUCUUUGUCUUCGUUUUACGAGGAGAAUCAAUACCUCCAAAUGAUUCAAUAGUUGCUUAAGUGUAUUAUUAAUAUUUUUUUUGUAAAAUCAAGGACAUAAACUACAUACUUGAACAGUGCACUAAUGCCACAUAUUCGAUUUCCAAUUCACUUAUUGUAGGGCAGUUAACAAGUGAGAGUGUACGUAAUGUACUAUGCUCAAGUUUCAGAAGUCAAUCGA